ACAACAGGAGUACCCAGGGAUACACCCCUUUUGCUAACAAUAUACUGUUAGUACGUUGUGUGAUCAACUAGAAUAUUCUUUUAACUCUUGCUUCCUUCGUGGCUUACCUAUCCUUUCAAGGGUAGUAUAUAUAGCGCCUAUUGGGAAGUAGAUUCAGUCAUGUGUAAUUAAGAUAGUUUCUCGUCCAAUUUCAUGGAAUGAAAACAGAACUCUACCCCCUUCCCCACAAAAUGGACGGGUCUGUAACCAGAGUAAAGGGACCAUAACACGGUAACUCAAUCGUGGGAGGGUCAUAUUUUCAGGUUAGCGACUUCGUCAGGCGAUGUGCAUGUUGUGAAGCAGGUGACACAAACCAAACAGAAAUGGCGGAGAAAGAAGAUCCUCACAUGUCCAAGGCAAACCUGUCAGAAGAGAAGCCGGCUGAAUGCGGCCUCGGUCCCGUCAAGCCCCGCUGGAUGAGAAGGUGUGCUGACGUCAGAUGUUUGGUGGCCAUGAUUUGUGUCUUCAACUUUCUUACGUCCUCUAUCCACUUCGGGUACCUGAACGGCGUCCUGACUACUAUAGAGAGACAGUUCGGCAUCAGCAGUUACCAGUCCGGUCUGAUCAAGAGCUGUAAGGAGAUAGGAGAACUCUGCAUCGUGCUCUUCGUGUCGUACUUAGGAGGGAAAGGUCACCGUCCGGUCGUUCUGGGCGCGACCAUUUUCCUGACGGGGGUGGGGAUGACCAUGUUGGCUAUACCUCAUUACCUGCUGGACCUUUACGAGUACGGGAACAACCAAGGGAACGGGACCCUAGGGGCCGGGCUGUGUCCUGCUCCAAUUAACACCACAGUUGAUGACCCUAUCUGCCUAGCCGGAAGUGGUGCCGGAAGUAGCUCUGACACGUUGAUAUACUAUAUGUAUAUCGGGAUGGUUCUGAGCGGAUUUGGUCCGAGCGCCUUCACGACUAUCGGCAUCUCUUACAUGGAUGACCAUGCGCCCAAGAAAACGUCCCCUCUGUAUUAUGGUAUUAUCUACGCCUGUGGGUCAGCAGCAGCGGCCCUGGGUUAUGUGGUCAGCUCCGUCCUCCUGUCCUUCUUUGUGGACUUCGACAGAGUGGACACCGCUUCAGUCACCAUCAACCCCUACGACUCCCGGUGGAUCGGCGCCUGGUGGCUGGGGUUCCUGUGUGUGGGCGUGCCGCUAGUUAUUGUCUCCUUCCCCUUCUUCUGCUUCCCCAAGUCUCUUCCAGUCCCGCCCGAGGAGGAGGAGGAGGAGGAGGGACAUGACAAGACCGUCAAAGAGGAACCGCGAAGUACUGAUGACCCGGGGAUUAUCAAAGGGAUAUUCGUGCAAGGAUGGAGCCUCCUAACCAACGCAGUCUACAUGACGAUGCUGUGUGCCAGUAUCUUUACUGUAGCCUUACUGCAGGGCUUCACCCUCUACACACCCAAACUGGUGGAGGUUAACUUCGGCCUGACAGCAUCGGCAGCAAGUCUCUACACUGGGGCCAUCUGCGUCCCCGGUAACAUCGCAGGAGUUCUGAUCGGAGGUUUUGUCACCAGAAAGUGGAAGCUUCGCGGUCUCCAGUGUAUGACGUUUGUCAUCAUCUGCUCCAUCUUGGGAACUUCCCUUGGAGCUCUGAUGUGGUUAACUCCGUGUGACUCCUCCGGUGUGGCGGACGGCGUUCUACAGUCGUGCCUUAGUAGAGGUUGCGCAUGCUCAGAUAACAACCCAAUCCCGGUGUGCGGCGCAGAUGGCACGACGUACUACUCCGCAUGCGUCGCAGGGUGCCAAGGCCUCCAACUACUGAACGGAACAGCAUUCCCGACGUACAACUACACUGAUUGCGAAUGCCUGCAGUCCGGCACGUGGGCGCUGCAGGGACAGUGCAGCACGCCCUGUCCUCAGUGGAAGUUUAUCCUCUUCAUGGCUUCAGCCUUCUGUCUGACAUUCCUGUCCGGGAUGCAGAUAUCUCCCUCGUAUCAGAUCUACAUCAGGUCCGUCAAGGUGGAAGAGAAAUCCUUCGCGCUCGGCAUCAGGCAUUUGGUGCAGAGGCUGCUCUCUAACAUCCCGGCUCCGGUGUAUUUGGGUGCGGUCAUCGACGCAGCCUGCACCAUGUGGCAAAUGUCAUGCGGAAAUAGCAAGGCAUGCUGGGUCUACGACAGAAGGCAGUUCGCAUACGGCUACCUCGGUCUCAUGUACGGACUGUCGGGAGGGGUGCUUGUAUUUUGGGUGGCGACAUGGGUCGCUCUUAGGUAUCAGUGGAAGAAAACUAAGACAGCUAAAAUACAGACAGCCAAUGGCAUCGCAGCACCAUAUGACACAGAGGAUGACGAGACCAGACUGUAGCAACUCGGCCGACUCAUGUCGUCACAACCCAACAUGACGGUGCCCAUGGACUGUCGACUCGACUAUAAAAAGCGACUAUCAUAAGACUGAGCAGAGCACAGGAGAUUAAUGCUUUUGACCGUUUACAGCUUAAAGGUACAUAUCUGAUAUUUUGAGAAAGAUAAGCCUCACUGAGGUUUUUCACAGCAAUCCAGAAAGCCUCAAGAUUCUUUGAAAUGAUCUCAAGACAUAGGACUUUUUCAAAGCAACUUUCAAAAUCUCAAGCUCUUUGGCAUAAAUCUCAAGAUUUGUUUGUAUUUUGAACGAAACGUGCCCCCGCUGGGGUCACUAUGAUCCGUUAAGUACCCUUUUCUCCCAAAGUAUCAGAUAUAUAAGAUUAAGCUGAGUGCUCUGUUCAGUCCAAUAAUAAUCUGCUCGCUGUUAAGAUAGGUUUUGCUUUCACAAACCUGUUAUCAUGACGUAGACAACGUUUCUUUUGAAAAUCCAACCAGAUAGAUUUGCUCUGUAACUUACACGACAACUCUGACAUUUAGUAUUUCCUACAAUAUUACCGCCAUUGAAUCUCAUCUGUGUUGGUAGUUAUCAUAGUACAAUGCUAAACUUUCUUCCAACACAAAGGUAUACAUGGAUCAAAUUUGCAACUGUCGACUUCUUCAGUAUCAAUGCUUUUGUGCAAUCACUUCAGAACGUAAUGUUUAGCAUUGUUACUAUAAUAUUACCGCCAGUUGGUGUUUAGUUGAAGAAAUCUCUGCCAAAGUUGUAGCGGGGUUGUUCGCGUCUGUGUUUUCAACAUCCAAAAUUAUCGAAUAAACCAACAAAUGCCAGCUUUAGCCAUCCAAAAUGAUGUUCUAUCAUUAGGUAGGCAGCUAUAAGCCCAUGUAGUAUGAUCCAUGGUCCAAGGUUUAUACGCAUAAAAGUUUAAAAAGAAAAGAAAAUAUGGGAACAAAUGCAAUAAAUAAGAUUGUGUAUAACACAUAUAACUGACAUGAAUAUCUGUGGAUAUUUUAUAUUGCUAUAGGUAUGACGUUACGUUGUCAAAUCAUACUUAUUGAAGUAUGAAAUCUG